AUGCGUACCCCAACCACUAUCCUUCUUCUUUCUUCUCUCGGCAGAAUUGCUCUAUCUGCCACUGUCAAGAGGGCUGAACCUGACAGGAGCAACGUUGUGACUGUAUCCAAAAUUACAGAUCCAGCUCAACAAUGUGCCCCUUACUGGUACCCUCCGUCUGACAACUAUAGCAACAAGUUCCCUCCCACCUGGACCGUCGCCAGUAUUGUCUCUGGCGAUACAGUUGCUCAGAAUAAGUGGAACUCCAUCAAGGCUAAGAUUCCUGCCAUUGCCCCCAAGGGCGUCAAUGGUGACUUUUCAAGUGUUAACUACGACUAUGGCAGUGAUCCCGAUUGUUGGUGGACCGCUACGCAAUGCGUGACCUCGAAGCGAUCUGGAAUUCCUCCCGAUGUUGCCAAGAUUCCCGAGCCGCUCUCUGCAGGGUACGGAUUCGAUGACGGCCCUAACUGCUCUCACAAUGCGUUGUAUGAUUUUUUGAACCAGAACAACCAAAAAGCCACCGUGUUUUACAUCGGUUCGAACGUUAUCAACUGGCCUCUUCAGGCUCAACGAGCUCUCUAUGACGGUCAUGAAAUUUGUGCUCAUUCUUGGUCGCAUAACGCUAUGACAUCCCUCACCUCUGAACAAGCCUUCGCCGAGAUUUGGUACACUGUACGUCCGGUUCAAGCCAUAAAAUCCGUCGUCGGCGUCACCCCAACUUGCUGGCGCCCUCCUUACGGUGAUACCGACGACCGUAUCCGUGCUAUCGUUAACGCUCUCGGGCUCACUACCGUCCUCUGGCAGUACGAUUCAUUCGAUUGGAUGGGUGGUGCACAGGUGGAUACGAAUUAUGGGGAUUUCCUCACCAAGGCUAGAUCUGGAGAGUUUAACCGGGUCGGAACGAUCUUUUUACAACACGAGAACAAUGAAUUCGGGAUGAGUAAAAUCAUGCAAUACUACUCUGAUAUGAAGAGUGUGCUCAAGCUGGUUCCCGUUGGAGUUGCGAUGAACAAGACUCGUCCUUACGUUGAGACCAAUAUUGAGUUCCCGACGUACAAUGAGUAUAUGUCCGGAACCACCAUGAAGCCUCUUCCUGCCAGCGCUCUUUCCUUCUUGGGUGUUCCCAGCUCCACCGCUAGCUCCACUUCGGCCACCGCCUCGACGUCCAAAGCUUCAACAACAACUACAGCCACUUCCGGCGCCAGCGUAACGGGUACGGGCACGAGCACUUCCAACGCCAGCUCUUCUUCUGCUUCCGGUACCAAGACGGGUUCGGGUGCCUCUACCCCCACUUCGUCCAACACCGUGACGUUCCCUGUACUACCAGCCAAUGCGACGAAGGCGCAGAUCCAGGCUUAUGUCCAGGGCAUGAAAACCAUGUUUGACUCGUUGUUGGCCAGUUUGAAUGGGCUUACUAGGAGGGCGGCUGAGUGGAUGGUAUGA